GCUCAAAUUUAGAAGCCCGGAAGACCGUAACGAGCUCUCCGCAAAGAAAUUUUCAUCCGGUCUCCUCUCUCUUUAAAGACUUCGCCUUCUCGAGUCCAUAGCACUCGCUUUCGGAUCGUAGAAGAUAUCACCUCAUCCACUAGGAAACACAAUCUCAUUGGGCACGCCCCACAAAUUAUGUCUGUACUCUUGCCUGUCCUCCCUCCGUUACCCCAAGAGCUCAUUGACUCCAUGAUUGAUGAGGCGCAAUACGACUUUUUGACACUACUCUCUUUGAUGAACGCCUCUCCAUGUUGUACUAGGGCCCGUAUCUAUCUCUACCGCACCAUCGAUCUCAGUCAACGCCGCAAGGCGACGCGAUUCUUCCAUCUCUGUAUCAUGAGGGAUGAGAUCAAGUCCUACGUUCAAUCAGUCUACAUCGAGACCUGGAGUACCCCCGAUUAUAUCGAGUUCCGCCACAUACUGGAAGGACUCACAAAGGUGCAGGAUCUGACUAUCUCUGGGGAGUAUGAAUGUAUUCCUCCGGAGCUGCGCGGUGUGUUCGCGUCGUACAAUCUUUCCACCUUGACUCUUGAAGAAAUGGUGUUUGAUUAUGCCGACCUGCAAGCCUUUGUCAGGUCAUAUCCGAAUUUACGGCGGCUUAUGGUCUUUGAUGUCAACGUGGAGGAAAAUGUAGCGCCAAACGCAGGUGCAAUCGGGCAGCUCUCUUUGGAAUCCCUGUCUGUGUCGCAGACAGAUUUCCUCACCGAAGCUUCGAAGAGCACAGGUCAUGGAGUUCCAUUCAUCUUAGCCGAUAUUCGGCGCUUGUUCCUGAUGCAUACGAUGAAGAACCUUAACGAGCUUCAACGGGUGCUUCACGCCGUGCAUCAGCCUCUGGAGGAAUUGUAUAUGUAUGAACCGCUGGUUCUAAGUAAGUAGAGGCCCUACCCACUUUGAGUUUGCCUGAUGUUCCUGCAGCAGGCGGCGGAGAUGUUCCGACCCUGGACCUUACAAAGAUCUCCACCCUCACGCUCGAGAUAGCGGUUGCCGGCGAAGGACCUGGAGCAAUACAGUGGACCAUCCUUCAUUUUGCUUCUCGACCCUCUGAUACAGU